AUAGAUUUUGGAGGACUUUAUAGCCAACAUCUAUAAGACGAGAACCAGUAAAUACAUGACGGAAGAGAUGUUAGCCCUGCUCUGGUCGGUGACCGUCAGUGUGUUCGCUGUGGGAGGAAUGAUUGGCGGCAUAUCCGGUGGCGCUAUAGCUGACUAUUGCGGAAGGAAAUGUGGACUACUUCUCAAUAAUGCCAUUGCAAUACUCGGGGCAACCCUUAUGAGCUCAAGUCAACUCUUUCGUAGCAUUGAAUGCCUAAUUAUGGGCCGAUUCUUCAUUGGUCUCAGUUGUGGUCUCAACACAGCACUCGUGCCUAUGUAUUUGUCAGAAAUAGCGCCGAUGACUCUCAGAGGAGCUCUCGGCACUGUCAGUCAAUUGGGAGUUACAAUCGGACUGCUAUUAUCACAGAUAUUAGGCCUUCCAAUCAUAUUAGGCACGCGCGACGGCUGGCCUUUUCUAUUAGGUGUUGCGUUCAUUCCAGCGGUACUCCAAUUACUACUGCUUCCUAUGUGUCCCGAAAGCCCCCGAUAUCUACUCAUAAGUAAAGGCAGGAUAACUGAAGCGCGUUAUGCGUUACAAAGACUGCGCUGUACUUCGGAUGUUGAGGACGACAUCGAAGAAAUGAGAAUUGAAGACAGAGCUCAACAACAAGAAGCCAGAAUAACAAUGUUGCAGUUGAUUGGGAACCGGUCGCUGCAAACGCCGCUCAUAAUCGGCAUAAUAAUGCAAUUGUCUCAACAACUCUCAGGAAUUAACGCCAUUUUCUACUACUCGACGAAUAUAUUCACUUCGGCCGGACUUAACGAAGAAAUGGCCAAAUACUCGACUAUAGGCGUCGGUGUCGUUAUGGUGGCCAUGACUCUCGUCUCCAUUAUGCUUAUGGAUAGGACCGGACGCAGGACU